AGAUGGGUCAAAGGUCACAGUUUGUCCUUCGGCCGCCAUGAUGUCCUGAUGUUGGAGAAGUUAUUUUUUCUUGACCGUGAAAGACCUAAAACAAGAUGACUUGGGGUAUUGCUUGGCGGACCCCAAUGCUCAAUCCCUGCAAAGGGAACCUCCGUAAGUUUUACGGGGACUAUUGGGAGAAGAAAGAUGGGGAAGACGUCUUUGGAAAGACGAUGGUUGUCACCAAGAUAUCCACAACGGCUGGCCUUGUUGGACUCUCCUACUACCUGGUUAUGCAGUCCUAUAGGAACAGACUGACAGGCCCAGUGGAGGUAUUAAUGAGGACUGCAAGCACCACUGCUACAUUUGCUGGCCUUGGUGCGAUAUUUGGACUGACCACCCAGCUGCUGGCACAGAAGCGAGGAGAUGAUGAGUUUAACUACUUGAUGGGCGGCUGUGCUGCAGGAACCUUCAUCGGAGUCAGGAUGCACAGCUAUUCCCUCGCUGCCCAAAGCUGCGUUUACCUGGGAGUCAGCGGCUUCCUGUAUAAAGUGUCCAAGAUGGAGAAAUGGAGACCACAGCUAGACGCUAUGAACGGACCACCGAUGGGCUGCCCCAAGAACUGGCCGUCCGAAAAGCUCUACGACCAAGAGUUCUACGACACAUACUUCGAUGACUUAUGGUUUGAUAAGAGCAAAUAUGUGUUCCCAGAAGACAAGGAAAAAGCCUAGAAUGAAAUGUAAUAUAGCAAAAGGUGUUCUCAGUUCAUAAGAAUCUUAUCUUGUGAGGAAUAUUCUUCCAUCCAAUCUUUGUGUUUGAUAUAGUUUAAAAGAUUGACAUGUGUUUCGUAAUUUGUUUAAACACCAUUGACUUACGUACAAGUUAAUCACACAUUUACAGAGGACUGUAUUUGGAAUUUUCUGGGACACGUCAUCAGUCUAAACCAGCAGUGUAUUUGUUGUAUUGAAAUAGACCUCUUAUGACAGACUCUGUAACAGUACACAUACAAGCCCCUCAAUAAACUGACUGCUGUGU